AAAAAAAAAACCUGAAAGUAGAAUGUUCUAUCUAUAAAUGGGACACUCCAUCAUUUACUUUCUCAGCACGGAAGCAAAAAAAAAAACCUCAGGAAAAGAAAACUAGCUUGAUCUCUUUGAAUCAAAAAAACUCCAAAGGCGAAAAGAAUGGGUGCAGACACUCCUCAACUUCCAGUCAUCUAUCUCUCGGACCAAACCCUAAAACCAGGAGAUGAGAAGUGGGUUGAAGUGAGGAGUGAUGUCCGUAAAGCUCUUGAAGACUACGGCGCUUUUGAGGUGUCAUAUGAUAGAGUGUCAGAAGAGCUUAAGAAGUCAGUUUUGGAUGCCAUGAUAGAGCUUUUCGAGUUACCAGUUGAGGCUAAACAGAGAAACGUGUCUCCGAAACCUUACACUGGAUAUUCAACUCAUAAUGGUCUCUCUGAGAGUCUAGGGAUCCAGGAUUCCAAUGUUUUGGAGAAAGUUAACGAAUUUACUCAACUGCUACGCCCUGAUUGUGAGGGUAACAAGACUAUGAGCGAAACGAUCCAGAAGUUUUCAGAGAAGUUAGCAGAAUUGGAUGUAAUGGUGAGAAGAAUGGUCAUAGAGAGCUUUGGGAUAGAAAAGUACUUUGAUGAACACCUCAAGUCAACGAAUUACCGUCUGCGACUGAUGAAGUAUGUAGCACCACCUGAUGUUGAUGCUAAUGUUGCGGUUGGUACUAAAGAUUCUGAUGAUGGUGGUAAUACGAAUACAACUGCUAACGCUGAUGCUGGUGAUAUUGCUAAUGGUAUUGCUAAAGUUCAUAUUGAUGACGAUGCUAAUGCCAAGGGUGACGUUUGCACUGGUGUUGGUACCAAUCAUAAUGGUGAUGACGUUAAUACUGGUGAUUGUGCUAAUGUUAAGUCUAAUGUCGACGUUGGUACUAAUGUUAGUGCUAAAUCUAGUGUUGGUGCUGAUGUUAACAUUGGCACUAUUGCUGAUGUUAAGGCUAAUACUGGUACUCGUACUAGUGCUACUGUUGGCGUUAGUGAUAGUGUUAAAGCUAAUGGUGGCGCAGAUGAUGAGGAGAAGAAAUUAGGUCUACCUUCUCAUACUGAUAAAAACCUUUUGACGGUACUUUAUCAAUAUGAGAUUGAAGGUUUGGAGGUGUUAACCAAAGAUGAAAAGUGGAUCAGGUUAAAACCAUGUCAUAACUCUUUCGUUGUUAUGGCCGGAGAUUCUCUAUAUGCACUUAUGAAUGGUAGACUAUCUCGUCCGUUUCAUAGAGUAAGAGUAACGGAAAGAAAGAAGACAAGGUAUUCAAUAGCAUUGUUCUCGACUCCAAACGGAGAUUACAUCAUCGAACCACCAAAAGAGCUUGUGGACGAGAAGCACCCACGUCUCUUCAAACCAUUCACUUACGUUGACUUGAUGAGUUUCUAUCACACUGAGGCUGGUCGUAGACCUCGUUCUACUCUUCACGCUUAUUGUGCCGUCUCUGGAGCAUAAAUGUGUGCGCUUACUUACGAGAGUUUCAACAAUGUUUAAGUAGUUUCAUGGUUCAACUAAUAUCAAGAACUACAUGUAGUACUAAAUAAGAGUUUUUGGAUUAGUUGAGUAUAUGUGUUUUAUUUCGGGAGAAGCAAUCAAGUCUCUCUUUUGUAUGAAAAAUCAAUAAAGUGUAUGUGUAUGAGCAUGUUCAAUAAUGUAAUGAAUUUGGUUGGA